UGGCGGGUCCCCGGACAGCGGUGCGGCCGGACGGUACCCAUUGAACAGGAGGCACCUGCCAUGCCGGCCAACAACAGCGUGGCGGCCGCCAAGUCGCCGCCGGCCGCCGAGCCUCUGCUGCCGGCCGCCGACGAGGCCAGUCCGCGGUCGCAGCAGCCGGCCCAGCAUAGGAGCAGCCCCGGGCCGCGCUCGCCGGCGCCGUCCAAGGACAGCCCAGUGUUCUUCGAGAAGAACAAAGUGCGCAAGCUGCGCCACUCGGCCAUCCGGGACGACGGGUACUGUUCCUCGACAAGCACACCCUUGUCCUCAGAGUACGUGGACCACCUGAGCGCCACCGAAGGUCAGACAGCUGUGAUCCUGGCCGACGGCGUGGCCUCGACUGUGCCUGUGGCCAGCAAGCCGCUCGGGACCAAGGCGCCCGGAGAACGACCCACGUGGAAGAACAAAGCCGACUUUCUGCUUUCCAUCAUUGGCUUCGCCGUAGAUCUGGCCAAUGUCUGGAGGUUUCCUUAUCUCUGCUACAGAAAUGGCGGAGGUGUAUUCCUGAUACCAUAUAUGCUGAUGCUGGUCUUUGGAGCGCUGCCACUUUUCUACAUGGAGCUCGUACUGGGGCAGUAUAACAGACAAGGUCCCAUAAGCGUCUGGAAGGUGUGCCCCCUCUUUAAAGGCGUGGGCUACUGCUCGGUGCUGGUGUCGUGGUACGUCUCCUUCUACUACAACGUCAUCAUCGGCUGGGCGUUGUACUUCAUGUUCUCGUCGUUCCGGGCCGAGCUGCCGUGGUCCAAGUGCGGCAAUCCGUGGAACACGGCCAGCUGCUACAGCGGCACGCUGGCGAACAACGACACGGACGCGCCGGCCACCGACAACCGCACUUCGCCGGCGCUGGAGUUCUUCAACCGCGCCGUGCUCGAGCUGCACACGAGCCCCGGCAUGCACGACCUCGGCAGUCCAAAGUGGCAGCUGCUGCUCUGCGUCUUCCUGGUCUUCAUCAUCCUCUACCUGGCGCUCUUCAAGGGCGUCAGCUCUUCCGGAAAGGUGGUCUGGGUGACGGCCACAGCCCCCUACUUCAUCCUGACUCUGCUGCUGCUGCGCGGCGUGCUGCUGCCGGGUGCCGGCCAGGGUGUUCAGUACUACCUGCAGCCAAACUUCAACAAGCUCCUGGACACGCAGGUGUGGGUGGACGCCGCCGUGCAGGUCUUCUACUCCGUGGGAGUCGGAUUUGGCGUUCACCUCACGUACGCCUCGUACAACCCGUUCCACAACAAUUGCUACAGGGACUGUCUCAUGACGACGGCGGUGAACAGCUUCACGAGCUUCUACAGCGGCUUCGUGAUUUUCGUGUACCUGGGCUACAUGGCGGCCAAGCAAGGUGUGCCCAUCCAGCAGGUGGCCACCGAGGGACACGGGCUCGUGUUCCAGGUCUACCCCGAGGCCAUCGCCACGCUGCCCGGAGGUCCCCUGUGGGCUGUGCUCUUUUUCGUCAUGCUGCUGACGCUCGGAUUGGACAGCGCGAUGGGCGGCCUUGAGAGCGUCAUCACGGGCCUCAUGGACGAAUUCAAGACAUUCUUCUCACGCUGGCGCUGCCGCAGGGAGGUAUUCACGGCGGUGGUCAUCUGCGCCUCUUUCUGCGUUUCCAUCGUCAACGUCACCAGGGGUGGCGGUUACAUGAUCACAUGGUUGGACACCUACUCUGCUGGAAUCUCUCUUCUCUGUGCGGCUCUGUUCGAGUCGAUAGGCAUCGCCUGGAUUUAUGGAUUGGACCGUUUCUGCGGAAACAUACACGAGAUGCUGGGCUUUCGUCCGGGAAUCUUCUGGAGGCUUUGCUGGAAGUUUAUCACUCCGACUUUUCUUGUGGCGGUCAUCAUCAGCGGCAUCGUGAACCAGGCGCCCGUGGAGUACCACAACUAUCGGUACCCGCCGUGGGCCAUCAGCAUGGGCUGGGGCCUGGCGCUCUCCUCCGUCUCCAUGGUGCCCCUAGUGGCCAUCAUCAAACUGUGCAGGGCCAAAGGAACCUGUACCGAGAGAAUUGCACACACCAUCACACCGGCAGCUGAAAGGCAAGAGGAAAAAGAAAAGGGUACAGUCGAAAGAUUCAAGCUGAGCCACUGGACCUACGUGUGAAGCGUCGAGCGUCUGCCAUGAGCUUCACCCCUGCUGUGGACAUGUGGCAUUUUGUGACUGCACCGGUGGUGCCCAUUUGUACUGGAGUGUGUAUCUUCUUGGGCCAAAGAUUUUCGGAGCCAAAGUCACUAUCUCACACAUCCCUCCGUGCUUGCUCUGCGUGGCUCCCACGGCAGCAGCUGUGAGGGAAGACUGCCAGCGUGCUCGCUUGAACGCCGCCCGUGUGCCGAAUGACUGGCCGCAUCGGCGGUGUGGUGUUUGUGGGGAAAUGUGGGGGGUGACCGGACACCUGUGCUACACGGCUACUUCGCUAGGAGGUUCAGCGCGAACACCGCCGAGCUUGGCCGCCGCUCAAGCGGCAACAGUUAUACGAAGGGUGUGAAACUUUGGGAUUAUGCAACACGCCAAAGGUUGAACUCAAGCAUCCUUGUGACGUGGGGCAGUGCAGUGAGGCGCAGAAUGAGGUUGAGUCCACGCUGUUGCAGAAGGAUUUGUCUCGCCAGAUGGAAAUAGCAGCUGAAAAGGCUGUUAUAGAAGCGCGCUGCCCCCCGCUCGUCUUACUCGACGAUACUCAGUCGUACUACGAGCUACGUCACAUUGGGGACCAACAUCAUUGUCCUAGAAAGGUGGCGCCCUUUCCUUGUAGUUGGCAGAGGCAGUUUUUGAGCCGAGCGCAACGUUGGUCCUAGCUUGUAAGUCGCCCGUGUUCGGUGACGGUGCAUUCGACCCUUUUGAUCUAGCUUAGCCAGUGGUUAGGGAAUUGUGUUCCCCCUCCCCCGGUUUUCCUUCCCAGGACCUACCGCAGUCGUAGCAGUUGCAUAUAACCGUGCUUUUGAAGCUGUACAGAGCCUCGCAUUUAAUCGAACUGUACCAGAGCCAUGCAGAGCUGCACCUAAGUUGUCUAAGAAUCCUUGCACGGUCCCGUCCCGUUAGCUUUCUUGCACCGCCACAAGUACUAUGUGGAUCAAAUGGCGAGCGUCAGUCACUGUGUAGAGAGCGCGACAAAACAUAUCGUUGUUGCAGCACGCCACCUUCGUUUCGAGAACCUCGUCUAAAUUAUAUGUGCGGUGUAACGCUUUCCUGUUGGCACAGUUAGUCAUGCAAUCCUUGACAAAAGGUCACGAAUGCGCAGGCAUCGUAGCAUCCAAAGAAGGGGCCAGUUAAGCGCAACCGAACUGCCUCGUUCUUGCGACGUCCGAUAGACAGUACUGUGUGUCUUCGUAAUGCUUUGCCUCAGGCUCGUUCUGUGUAGUGUGACGUGUUGUGGACCACGAUCGAAGUGUUGUGUCAUACGCAGGCCUCAUAUUUUUGACGUGCUGUUUGCAGAACUUCGCGCAAGAUCACCUGUCGUUAGUUUUUCGUUUCAUCUUCUCUCUGCCAGACGUGAACAGGAAGCUUUACGCCGGUCAGCACGAGCAACAGUUGCGUGUGGUCCGAGAGCUGACAACAGAAUUCGUUGUCGCAAGUUCAAUUUUUCCCUGCGACAAUGUCUGGCAUUCCUCCCUCAUUAGAAAUAAUAUACCUGCAUAAGAAAUCAUGCUAACCAAAAAAAAAAUAUAACAUGAUUGCCAGCAGCAGGCAGUUGGCGCUUGACUUUGAAAGCUCAGAACCUUAAAAGUCCGCUGACGCACACAGUAUGGUCAACACAGAGUUAUUCAGGUCUAAAUACGUUGAAUGUUCAACGGCACAUACGCUCCCCUGUGUGUUUGCUGAAUGCGUGGCAACGUGCGUGCCAAAGCUCUAUUUUACAAAGUGGCGCAUUUUAUUUUUAAAACGCUUUCCGACCAAAGCGCGCUGCACUUCCACCGUUCAUAACCCAUACAUGUAGUAUACGCGUGCAAAACUGUGAAUGUUUAAGCGUAGCGCACAUUAUUUUACAUAGUGCGAAUGUAACGAGGAACAAAAAUGUAACCUAUGUGUACAUAGCCGCUGCAACGCCCAUACGUUGACGUCGUGUGUGACCUUGCUGGAAAUAAUGCGAGGGCAUAUAUGUUAGCAAACAGCAACUGGUCUCAUUUAUAACGCAGCUCAAGGUUUCCGUAAACGCCGGUGCCUAGAGUGCACACUCGCCGCUGAUUUGCGCUUAGUCAUUCCGGGUCGGUGCUGAAGAUCGGGCCACGGUGCUUGCGACGUGCCGUCGAUUUACGUCGGCGCUCGCGCAUGAUGACUGGCCCGUGUAUCUGAAGAUGUAGUACCAUAGCCAAUGAAAAGCGUCCCCGUCGUGGACGCGCUGUUUUUUCGUGGCAUUUCUUUGUGAGGAGCUAAUACGGGAAGUUUAGAGGCGGCGCGCAUGCGUCAUCACUCCAACCAGUGGUCUUCCUCCACUUAGAGGCGGCGGGCUUCUCUGUAUAACACAGUAUUUCUCCGGGAGGCCUUCUCUUCAGCGUGCAGGAAACAUCCAUUCGGUUAACAACACGUGAUCCCCAGCAUUAGCGGCGCGAGGCAGCUUGAUGCGGAACAUGGCAGGGAGCACAUGAUUUCACGCUUAAUGUAUCCGUACUCGCCGCAACACUUUCGGCCCCCCCAUCAAUGCGUAUUCAGUCAUUCGCGACAGAACCAUGUGUGUGAGUGGGAACAAAAAAACUGCAAAGACGUUGUAAUUUUCAUAAUUCCUUUCGUCGUUUCAAAGAAAGUUAUUUAUUCCUUCACGGAGCUCCAGAGAGUUCUUCACGUUCUGAUACAGCAGGUCUGCCCCACAAUAGCUUCGUGGGCAUCCCUCAGGUGUCUUUUGCCCACAUCUCGUAUCAAAUAACCAUGUCGCACUGGUUAUGAGAUUAUGCAAUGCAGUACUCUCCUUUCAUUUUACUGCUUUCAGCUUUAGCAUAACUCUUAUACAGUAGGAAAAAAAAUGCAUUAUUUAUAUACCUACAGUUAGAAGUGUGGAUGGCGUCGUAAUAAUGCAGGCCACAAAGGCUUCGUAUUCAAACGCGCAUAAAUUACGGCAUAUACGUAUUAUUUGCACGAUUAUAUAGAAGAGCAGUAAGAAAACCUUCUUCUUCUCUGUUUUUCCCCUUCUACGCGUGUUCUUGAAACCAAUUGAACUCAGGGUGUUUUAGUGAAAUGCCGCCAUUGGCUCGUCACCUCAUCGUUCGCGGCUUACAGUGCCAGUGGCGGCGCGUAGAGCUCGUAGUUAAUAGCCUAGCUUUGACCACAGUGGUAUCCAGAUGUGUGUAUAUGUGUGUGUGUGCUGUACAGGCACGUUCACGAGAAGCACCGCUUAUGUCCACGCGCACAAAGUACAUAUAUAUUAUACAUAUACGAUAUAUACUUGUAACGUCGGCGUCCAUGCAUUCCGGCGCCCCUGUAUUCACGCAGCUUAGCAGGAGACGACGAAAGAUUUUGAGCGACUCAGACGCAUGCGCAAAGAACGUAACGAGAUAUAGUAGCGCCAUGUUGCUUGGCCACAGCGUGUAUAACAUCCGAACGUUUGCUUGCGCCCGGGCCUUUCGGCGCAGGAGUGUCGCCUCCUGUUAACGGGGCGUACUUUCAGGGGCUGCACAAGGGACAAAGAAGGUUGUGAACGUUUGCGGUCUAUAGAGAAGUUUUGACGGCACGUUAUUUUUGGAGCGGACCAGAUCCGUGCGCCACAGGAAGGAAGCUCGCUUCGCCUGUAUGCAUCGGACGUCGGCUCGAGCUUGCUUCGAGCCGAUUCAUGUUGGCCCAGGUCAACUCGAGUCGACUCCAGUCGGCUCACUUUAGACGGAAUCGGCUCAAGCCGACCGAGUCUACCCGGCCGGCUGCACCAAAUGGUGUUCCACAAAGCAGGAUAACAAAACCCCAGCGUACAGUGUUCCCAGAGUGCAUUGUUUUCCCCGUAGCAAACAGGUGUUACUUUCCCCGCCACCUCUGCAUCCCACCUUAUACUUGUGAUGUGUG